AUGGCUUAUGCAGCAUACUUUCUACAGCUCUGCCUAACCCUCCAACCGCUGCAAGCACAGUUCGUCGGCCCAGCUGGACAGGUAUACUAUACACAACAAGAGCCACCGGGACCACCAGGACCACCAGGACCACCUGGUUUAGCUGGUAAUAUAAGCAAUCCAGGGUCACGUGGUCCCACUGGUGAUACUGGUCCAGUAGGAGCAAUUGCUCCGCUAGGUGUACCUGGUCCCGACGGACGUGACGGUUCAGCUGGCCAACAGAGUGCGCCUGGUUUACAUGGUAGACGUGGCUUUCCAGGCUCGAAUGGACCGCCUGGACCGGCGGGUCCACAAGGUUUUAUAGAUCCACCCGGUCCACAAGAUCCGCCGGGUACGUCAGCUCGGCGCAUGACGCAUGACAUUUACGCGGAGGACGUAGAAACAGACUACUAUGAUAAUGAGUGA